AUGUGGGUGGAGAUUCUCUGCGGUCUCGUAAUCUACAAACUUUUUCGCCGAUUCUUCUACGACGACGAUGAGUUUUCCGAUGUCGCGACCUCCGAUUCCACUGCCCUCUUCUCCGUUGCUCACAGACUUGAGAAGCUUUAUGGUGGAAAGGCUUAUGUAGGGCUUCGAAUUCCAGAUGCAGACACUGCUUCUAGACAGGACAUCGAUGUAGUUCUCGUCACUAAAGGACAAGUUGUGGUGAUCGCUGUGAAGAAUCUAUCUGGGAUUGUCACGGUAACGAGUGAUGGUAGCUGGGUUUGUGAUGGUGGCAAGCAUCAUACAACUGAGACUUACCCUGAUCCUCUUGCCGAAGUCAAGAAACAAGCUUCAGUUCUUGAAUCAUAUCUUGAACAGAGGGGAGUUACUUUACUUGAAGGAAAUCUGUCUUGCAAAGUUGUGAUUCCCAAUCCAAAUUUUCGUACAAUUCAUGCAUUCCCAAGUGAGGUAAUUACCUACGAAGAGUGGCAACAGCUGAAACCAGUAUCAAGAAGUAUACUUUCUGGUUGGGUCAAAGGCGCAUUCGGCACAGGAAAAGAGAUGCAAGAAUCGUCGCAUCAAAAACUUAAUUUCAUCCUUGGCACGGCACCAAUGUGGGAUAGGGUGGAGCUUAAAAGUAGCAAAAUCGUGUUAGGGGAAUUCCUCGAGUUUAAAGGAAAAGAGGAAGACACUUUGGCUUUGAGACAUAUCAAAAGAUCAAAAGUUGACUGUAUCUCUGUUCAGAAAACAAGCAUGUUUGGAUUAGCUCCUUCAAGGUUGCAGGUUCUGUACUCGUAUAGGGACUACAGAAGUGAAGGCAGUUCAGGAUCAGAGUCGAAGGAAGUGACUGUACGGUCGAGCACCGAAGUUGUCUUUCAGCCUCGAGACUCUGCAAAGAUGAAGAAAUUCAAGCUAUCGUCACUCGUCUCCAUUACACUAAGUGCCUAA